AUGAAAUUUGGACUCGAGAGGCAGCGUCUAGGCGCCACAAUCAUAGCGCCCAGGCGCUAUCAUCAGUGCCCAGGCGUUGAAGACGUAGUGCCCAGGGAUUACUGUUUUAUCCCUGUUGUCAAAGAUAACCCUGUUACUUUCACCCAUGAAGAAGUGCAAGAGGUAACUGUGAGGAUUCAGAAUGCUGGGACUGAAGUUGUCGAGGCAAAGGCUGGAGUAGGAUCUGCCACUCUUUCAAUGGCAUAUACUACAGCACGGUUUGUCAAGUCUUCAAUCCACACACUUGAUAGAGAUAGUGAUGUCUAUGAAUGCUGUUAUGUUCAGUCUGACCUGACUUACCUUCCAUUCUUUGCAUCAAGAGUUAAGCUUGGAAAGAAUGGGGCCGAGGCUAUUACAGGAAAGAAUAUGAAAUCUGCCAUUACAGGAAAGAAUAUGAAAUCUGCCAAUAAUAGAAUUAGCAUUGAAUCUGGUAACUCUGAAAUUCUGUAA